AUGUCCCUCAGCGACCCCAUCGGCAUUGACGAGCCUAUCCGCAACAAUGUUGUGCACGGCGGCGGUCUCGAGAUCCCACCCAAGAUGGACUGGGAGGUCGAGGCCAUUGACGACGACAAAGCGGACCGUAUCAGUGGAAUUGAGGAGCAUGUGCACGAAGGGCGCCGUCGCCAGUGGUUCGACCCUCCCGACACGGACGGCAUGAAGCGCACGUCCAGCAACUAUGCCCACCGCUACCUCUUGGAGCUCCAUGGAGCGCCCAGGGACGACCUGGCCUUCCGCCAUGAUCAACGAGGACUAGCACUACGAGCGGGACUUCGAGUGGGCAUUCCGCCAGCCCUCCGCGACUUUGAGGUGCGCCUCGCCGUUCGCAACGCGGCAGAAGAGGCCGCCCCCCAGUUCGCAAUCAGGGAGGAGAGGCGCUGCUACCGCCGCGCUGCUGCCGACGUAGCUCGCGAGGCUGUCCGCGUCGCUGCCGAGGGCGCUCCACAGGCCCCUCGUCAACUGCAGGACGUUGAGCGUGAGGCCGAGGAGCUCCAGCGUCAGAUCGAACAGAUGCAGAGGCGUCGUCGAUGA